AUGAGUUCACUCAAAAUUUUCACACUUUAUUUUCUGCUCGUGAUUCUUCUGCUAAUCAAAACCCAUGCAGCAGUUAUAACUUUCUCUCCAGCUCCUCAGCCACAACCACCAAUUAGCACUUUCCCCAUGUAUGGUGCAACUCCUGGUAGUCUUAGUCCUCAGGAAUGUGGGCCCCGGUGCACGGGAAGGUGCUCGAAAACCUCGUUCAAGAAGCCAUGUAUGUUUUUCUGCCAAAAGUGCUGUGCCAAAUGCCUCUGUGUGCCUCCAGGAACUUAUGGCAACAAGCAGUUUUGCCCUUGCUACAACAAUUGGAAGACCAAAAGGGGCGGACCAAAAUGCCCUUGA